AUGGAUUUCGAUAGAAAGGUCUUCGUGGUCUUCGGAGCCACGGGUAUUCAAGGUGGUUCCGUGGCCAAGGCUAUUUUGGAUGACUCGAUCGCAGCAAAACAAUUUCGAGUCCGGGCUAUUAGCAGAGACCCAGCCAAACCAGCUGCCACGGCUCUUGCUGAACAGGGUGCAGAGGUCAUCAAGGCUGAUAUGGAAGCCAAAGAAUCCCUGCGUAUGGCCAUGAAAGAUGCCCACGGGGUAUUUGCAGUGACCGAUUUCUGGCAAAAGAUGGAGUAUCUGGCCGAAACCAGACAGGGAAAGAAUGUUGCCGAUAUUGCCAAGGAAAUGGGAGUCAAGCACCUGAUCUGGAGUAGCCUCCCGAACAUUUCACAGAUUACGGACGGAAAACUCACUGCAGCGGUCCACUUUGACGGCAAAGCCCGCGUCGACGAGUACAUCCGUUCCCUCGCGAUCCCACACACCAUCGUCCGUCUCGGCGUCUACAAUUCCUUUCUCUUAGAGUCUCUGGUCCCUGUAUCAAGCGACCCUCCCUCCUAUAAACUUGUCUUUCCAGAGCCAGUUCAUCUCAAGGCCGCAAUGCCACUCCUUGAUCCCUCCGCUGACCUUGGUGGACUCGUCAAGGCGAUCCUCCUGAGGCCGGAUAGAUCUUUAAAUCGUCAAUUUAACAUUGCCGAGAGGUAUUAUACUCUCGAGGAGAUAAUCAAUUCGAUGAAAAGUCUUGGAUUGAAUGUGGAUUUUCAGGCUAUCGAUCAAAAGACCUUCAAGGAUAGCAUUGCAGCCAGAGGCUGGCCAGACUUCUUGCAGGAGGAUGUCGUGCAGGUGUUCCAAUACGCGACUGAGUAUGGAUACUUUCAAGGUGAAGGGAUUGAACAAGCCCAUGAGCUUGUUUCCCAGCCGCUGACUUCGCUGGAAAAAUCACUCAGCGGGAGUGCUGACUUUGCCAAACUCAUCAAGUAA